CAUAUGAAAUCGCCAAAUGCGUGUUUCUCUCGUGUCCCCAUGCUGUUCAGUUCAGCUGUGUUUCUAACCCAAUAUUUCUUCUGCGUCUGAUCGACAUGACAGGGGAAUCGCAAGGAAAACGUCCACCAGCAAAGAAAAGUGACACACAGGAUCCAGUUAAAAAUUUUGAGAAAUGGAAGAAAAAAUACACCAAGACAAAAGUCCGCGUUAAACGCGAGAAAAAACAAAAUAAAAAGCCCGAAUGGCAGAUCGAACGGGAAAACAUAAAGAGGCUGGUAGAUAAAUACUCCGAGAUAAAUGUCAAGGAUGCUGUGAAGUUCUCAGAUUUCCCUGUGUCAAAGAAGACGCUCAAAGGGCUAAUGGAGGCACAGUAUCGACAGCCUACAGAAAUCCAAAGGCAGACUAUCGGGUUUGCCUUGCAGGGGAAAGAUGUGCUCGGUGCAGCUAAAACCGGGUCUGGAAAGACACUGGCUUUUCUCAUCCCUGUUCUGGAGUGCCUGUACCGGCAGCAGUGGAUGGCGGAGGACGGCCUUGGCGCUCUCAUCAUCUCGCCCACGCGGGAGCUGGCCUACCAGACCUUCGAGGUGCUGCGCAAGGUGGGCAAGAACCACGAGUUCUCUGCCGGCCUCAUCAUCGGAGGGAAGGAUCUGCAGAACGAGUUGGAGAGAAUCCACCGCACGAACAUCAUCAUCUGCACCCCGGGACGCCUGCUACAGCACAUGGACGAGACCUCCACCUUCCACGCCUCCAACCUUCAGAUCCUGGUUCUGGACGAAGCGGACAGGAUUCUGGACAUGGGUUUCGCCGACACCAUGAACGCCAUCGUGGAAAACCUGCCCAAGACCCGACAGACCCUCCUCUUCUCUGCCACGCAAACGAAAUCGGUGAAGGAUCUGGCCCGGCUCAGCCUGAAGGACCCCGAAUACAUCUGGGUCCACGAGAAGGCCAAGUUCAGCACCCCGGCCACGCUGGAGCAGAACUACGUGGUGUGUGAGCUGCAGCAGAAGGUCAACAUGCUCUUCUCCUUCAUGAAGAGCCACCUGCAGAAGAAGGUCAUCGUCUUCUUCGCCUGCUGCAAGGAGGUGCAGUACAUGUUCCGGGUGUUCUGCCGCCUGCGUCCAGGCCUCCCCAUCCUGGCUCUGCACGGGAAGCAGCAGCAGAUGAAGAGGAUGGAGGUCUACAACGACUUCAUCCGCAAGAAGGCAGCCGUACUCUUCGCCACCGACAUUGCUGCCCGAGGGCUGGAUUUCCCUGCUGUGAAUUGGGUCCUGCAGUUCGACUGUCCGGAAGAUGCCAGCACCUACAUCCACAGAGUUGGACGUACUGCCAGGUACAAGGAGGGUGGGGAGGCAUUGCUGGUACUUCUGCCCUCGGAGGAGAAGGGGAUGAUAGCACAGCUUCAGGAAAGAAAGGUCCCCAUCAACAAGAUCCAUUUAGCGUUUUUGCUAAGCUUCGAGGGCAUUCGGAAGGCUCCCAAGGCUGCUGGGGUAAUCUCCAGGCUGUACAAAGCCGCUGUCUGUCGCGGGGCUCCCGCUCUCGUCCUGGUCCUGCGGUUCCGCUUUAAGGACGGAGGUGAACCCGGAGAAGCUGACAAGCUGACAGCCGUACAGCAGAAGCUGGAGGCCUUCCUGGCCCAGGAGAAGGAGCAGAAGGAGCGGGCCCAAAGGUGUUUUGUCUCGUACCUCCGCUCCGUCUACCUCAUGAAGAACAAAGACGUCUUUGAUGUGCUCCAGCUGCCUCUGGAGCAGUAUGCGGCUUCACUGGGGCUAGCCGUCGCUCCGAGGGUGCGUUUCCUUAGCAACGCCAGGAAACGGAAGGAGGGGGGUGAGGCUGGCCCAGCGGACGAGCAGGGCGAUGAUUCGGACCGAGAGCUGCAGAGCUUCAGAGCGCAAGUCAGGGGCGGGAAAAACACCCCAGCUGCCACAAAGAGCGCCACGGAGUCCCAGGAGGAACCCAGCGAGGAAGAGGAUGCUAAGGAAGAGUCAGGCGAUUCGGACGAGGAGGAGGAAGAGGGCCCUGCAGACAGGCCCGCAGGCCUGUCCUUCGCUCUCGACGAGGACGAUGAUGAGGAUCAGGAUGAAGACCUGAGGGACCUGGACUUGCUGACGGUGAAGCGGAGAGACAUCUUCCGGCUGGAGGAGGAGGAUGAUGAUGAGGAUGUCAAGGAUAGUGAUCUCGACGAUAAAGCCAAGAAGAAGCCGGAUAAAGAGUCCAGGUUCAAAGAAGCAAAGAAAGCCAUGAAGAGGAACUUCAAAGUCAACACCAAGAUGACCUUCACUGACGACGGAGAGAUGGUGCAGCAGUGGCCCCCGCUGCAGAGGACGGCCGUGCCUGCUGGGCAGGAGGAGGAGGAUGACGGGGUGUCCGGCAUCAACAUGGAGGAGGCGCGGGAGCGUCUCCGGCGGGAGGACCAGGAGUUCGACAAGCAGGAGUACAGCCGCAAAGUGAAGCAGAAACACAGGGAGAAGCGACUGAAAGAGAAGGCUGAAAGGAGAGAGGCCAGCAAACGACAGAAAGAGGAGCAGAAAGGCGAGUCCGACAGCGAAGAGGAGGCAGUGGCAUACCUCGACCACGGUGACGAUGAGGAAGAGUUCGACCCCAGCUCUCUGCCCGACCCGGACAAGCACGUGGUCUCUGAGUCGGAAGACCGGGACAGAGAUGACUCUGGGAAGGGAGCGAGGAAGAGGAGCUACAGUGACAGCAGCAGUGAGUCUGACCUUGCGUCAGGCGGGAAGAGGACCAGGAAGGAGGACGCCACGGAAACGGCACCUCAGCCCUUGGACACCGGCCUCUCAUUGGCUGAGGAUGAGGAGCUUGUGCUCCAUUUGCUGAGAAACAAGAGCUAGCGCUGUCGGGUGGACAGUGUUUUCUGGGCUCCUUUUCAGUUCGUUUUUCAUUUUUUAAUAAUAAUCAUCACCACAUGCUCAUUUUGCUUUCCUAUAGAACAAUGGGCAGAAAGGAUCGCCAGUUAAAGGAGAUUUGUAAUGAAAGAAAAUGUAAUUCAAUGUCAAAAGCAAUUUAGAAAUGAACAGUUUAUAAAUCCGGAGCUUCCAAGUAGCUCAGUCCUGAAAAGCUAGGAGCGCAGGCAAGGCCUGAUAGCCUGCAUGUCACACACUCUAGGCCCGGCUAUGCUACCUGGAGCCCGCAGUGACAGAGCAGAACUGUGUUCUUCCUGCCUGGGCCACAGUGGUUACUGCUGCAUUAGAUCCACUCAGUGUGCCUGAUGCUCACUGACUGCCGGUUGGUGAGAGAGACUGACAGACUGACAGAGAGGGAGGGAGGGAGGGAGGGAGAAAGAGACUGACAGAGAGAACGAGACCCUCCUUUGACAGGCGCUAGCUCUCCUGUAGCGCUGGGGUGUGUGGGCUAUGUAUCACAGCCCGUCCACACCAAGGACUAUAACUAUGACGAUAACUAUAAAUAUGUCAUUUUAAAAAUCAACAAUGAUAGUCAGGCACAAUAUUGUUGGGAUCACUUUCAGAGCCAUCCGUCCGGAUUUACAGGGCGUCACGUUGAAAAUGGCAGACGACAUAGCCCAUAGGCCCACAUCUCUCUUUUACACGACAGAUGUGGAUGCUCAUAUCGUUAUAGUUAUAGUUAUAGUCAUAGUUAUAGGUGUAGACAGGGCUUUACAGUGGUCUCCAGAUUUCAGCCACAUUGAUCCCUGCAUGUAUGUGGUGGCACAAAUUACUAUACCAUAUUAGGAAUGAAAAUGGGUGGCUAUUUGGAGGUGGGAGUUGGGGAAGCCAUUUUAAAAUGUGUAAUGUUUGAAAGACUGUACAGUUCACAAUUUCCACACUCUUUAGUUAUAGGAUAUAAACCACUCAAAACUGGAUCAAUACCGCACCAGAAAUCAAUAAUAUUGCGGAUUUUGUAACCUCCGAUAAUGUCCUCUCUUUUUUUUCCUCUCUGUUCAAUAAAAACUGUUUAAAAUACGAAACGCA